AUGCGCGACCAGAAGGUCGAGGAGCUCCGCAGCACGCACGAGCUCGGCCUGGACGUGCAGGAGCUCAUCCGCGAGUUCGGGGAGGUUCGUGACAGGUGGAUGUCCGAGGACUUGAGCUCCUGGCUGGCCUGCAACCGAGCAUACGACAUGGUGCCGGACGUGAUGAUGGAGAUGGUCGCGCGCGGGGCAGAGGUCUACAUCAUCACCACGAAGCAGAAGCGCUUUUGCCAAGCUUUGCUUGAGGACUUCGGCAUCGAGUUGCCUGCGGACCACAUCUUCGCCUUGGAGGACGGCCCGAAACCGGCAGUGCUGAAGUCCCUCCUGGCGCGUCCGGAGCACGGGGCUCGGGGUUUGCAGCGUUGA